GCGCGGCGGCUAGGUUGUUGUUGUAUUGUUACCUGAUGAUGUCAUGCUUGUCAAAAGUCAUGCUAGUGAUUUUUUCUAUGUUAAGGAUUUUGAGACUUGAAUAAUAAUGUUGCAUAGUUCUGUACAGUUUCAUUCAUUUACUCUCGUACAUGAAUAACUUUAAUAUGGAUUUCGGUCUUUAUGAUAUUGUGAGGUUGCUGGUUGAGGAGGCUUGAUAAACAUAAAUACCUUCUCUAUUUGAAUCAUUUAUUUUUUAAUCAUUCUUUUAUAAAUGCACCUAUAAUUUCUUACUAAUAAACUUACAAGCCUAUUUUACAGCCAGUUACUCUAAAAUGGCUGAUAAGGAAUAUAGGUCAAGACCCACUGGAUUAUCUAAAGAAGAAAUUGCUAGACAGUUUGAACUGCCUGAGAGAAAGUCAAAAAUAGCUACAUUACUGAAGCAAGAUGGUCAAGCGUACUGUCUGUGUCGUUCCUCAGACAGUUCAAGAUUCAUGAUAGGAUGUGACAGUUGUGAGGAGUGGUAUCAUGGAGAUUGCAUCGGAAUCAGUCAGAAAGAAGCAAAAUUCAUAAAACAUUAUUAUUGCCCGCGGUGUCGAGAAGAAGAUCCUACUUUGGAAACCCAAUUUAAACCUGGUGGAAAAUCUGAUAACGAUAAAGAUCGAGUUGUAUCUUCAGACAAAGAUAAAACAAGAAAAAAGAAAGAUCGGUCAGUAGAACAUGGCUCUGAGAAGAAGAGCAAGAAUUCAUGUGGUCACUGCAGCAACUGUUUACGACAAGAGGACUGUGGAAAUUGCCAAACUUGUAAGGACGCAAAACGAUUCAGUGGAGUAAGAGCUAGAGAGAAGUGCUAUAAACGCCAAUGUUUGAAAGUUCCUAAAGGGAAUGUGACCAUGGGGAGGAGAGGUCGAAGGCCAGCCCAAGCCCCACAAAGCAAGGGACAGAAGUCAGACUCAGAUGGGGAGCCUUCGGUGAAGAAAAGCAAGGUGAUCGGUCCGAUGCAAUGUUACGGCCCUGGCUGUACAAGAGUUAACCGUCCCAACAGUAAAUAUUGCAGCCAUGAGUGUGGGCAACGGCUUGCCACCAAUCGUAUAUUCCAGGUUUUACCCCAGCGUAUACAAGAGUGGGCGGUUACUCCGAGUAUUGCAGAGGCUAUGAACAGACAACAGUUGGACACGAUACGCAAACAGCAGCGGGAAGUCAGAUCCAUUCUCCAGGAGCUAGACAAACGCCACACUGAGUUGGAUGCUAUUUUAGAACGGGCAAAGACUGCAACAAUUGCAGAAGCAGAGGAAGAGGUAGAAGAAGAAGGAGAGAUGAGCAUGUACUGCAUUACCUGUGGUCACGAGAUCCAUACACGCACUGCUAUCAAACAUAUGGAAAAAUGUUUCAAUAAGUACGAGAGCCAAGCUUCAUUCGGAUCCAUAUAUAAAACAAGAAUAGAUGGUAACAACAUGUUCUGUGAUUUCUUUAAUCCAGCGAAUCGUACAUAUUGUAAGAGAUUGCGAGUCCUUUGUCCUGAACAUUGCAAGGACCCCAAAGUCAGCAGUACAGAGGUGUGUGGUUGCCCGCUGGUCACUAAUGUGUUUGACCUCACAGGAGAAUUUUGUCGGCAAUCAAAAAAAUCUUGUCUCAAGCACUAUUGUUGGGAGAAGCUGCGUCGAGCUGAGAUUGACAUGGAACGAGUUCGUCAGUGGAUGAAGAUGGAUGAGCUAAUAGAACAAGAACGACAGAUCCGCCAGCGGAUGUCUGACCGUGCUGGAGUGCUUGCAUUGAUGCUUCAUUCCACUUAUAAUCAUGAAAUUAUGGAUCAGAAUUGAGACCAGGGGAAUACUGUGAGCCUGAUUGAUGACCGGAAGUGUUCCGCACUGAGAAGGAUUAUCAAAGAAAUUGAGAUAGAUUUUGAUUAAACAUUGUUACAUAAACACGUUAAAAAAUUAAUUGUCUCAUUAAAUGUUCAAAUCAGGUGUAUGAUUAUGGCAAGUUAAAAUUAAGCUUCAAGAAUAACUGUAAUGUGUAGACUGUACAUAGUAAUAAAUGAUCUAAAAGUGUAAUUUGUAUUUUUGUAACUAUUUAGAUUUUGUUAAAAUCAGUUUGUUCUUAAUAAAAUUCUUUGUUUUCAUUGUA